UGAGCUGGGCCCCGAUGGUGUCAAAAUGCUGCGGCUACACGCACGCACCAGCCGCCCCAAGGUGCCCCACCGGGCCGGAGACGCCUGGGCCAUCGCCAUCUUCCCGCAGCCGGAAGCGGAAAUGGCACAAACCUUGUGCGCUGACGCACGGGCCCGACGUAGAGCGGGAGUGCGGCGGGGAACACGGGUCCGCCGGGGACUCCGGCAGGCGCAGGAGCGGGCACGUGACGGCGGCUGCGAUGGCUUCGGCCGCUGUGGAGACCUUCGUGAGCAAGCAGUUGUACCUGCUGGAGCUCGAGAGGGAUGCGGAGGUGCAGGAGCGCAGGUCCUGGCAGGAGAACAUCUCUCUGAAGGAGCUGCAGAGCCAGGGCGUGUGUUUGCUGAAGCUGCAGGUGUCCAGCCAGCGCACGGGGCUGUAUGGACGACUGCUGGUCACCUUUGAGCCCAGGAGAUGUGGAUCUGUGGCAGUGCUUCCCAGUAACAGCUUUACUUCCGGUGAUAUCGUGGGUCUGUAUGAUUCUGCUAAUGAAGGCGGGCAGCUGGCCACUGGGAUCCUGACCCGUAUCACCCAGAGAUCCGUCUCGGUGGCCUUUGACGAAUCCCAUGACUUCCAUUUGACCUUGGACCGGGAGAAUUUGUACAGAUUGUUAAAGCUUGCCAAUGAUGUCACUUACAAGCGCCUGAAGAAAGCCCUGGUAGCUCUGAAGAAGUACCAUUCUGGACCUGCAUCCCCGCUCAUCGAGGUCCUCUUCGGCGGAUCUGCCCCCAGUCCUGCCCAGAAAAUAUCCCCACUGACGUUCUACAACACCACCCUGGAUCCCUCUCAGAAAGAAGCAGUUUCAUUUGCCCUGUCUCAGAAAGAACUUGCCAUCAUCCAUGGACCUCCUGGCACCGGGAAAACCACGACCGUGGUGGAAGUCAUUCUUCAAACUGUGAAGCAAGGCUUAAAGGUUCUGUGCUGCGCUCCCUCUAACAUCGCCGUGGACAAUCUGGUGGAGCGGCUGGCUCGGUGUAAGCAGCGGAUUCUGCGCCUGGGGCACCCUGCCCGCCUCCUGGAGUCCAUUCAGCAGCACUGUCUGGAUGCGGUUUUAUCUCGGAGUGACAGUGCCCAGAUUGUUGCAGACAUCAGAAAGGACAUCGAUCAGGUCUUCGUGAAAAACAAAAAGACCCAGGAUAAGAAGGAUAAAAGUAACUUCCGCAAUGAAAUUAAGCUGUUGAGAAAAGAGCUGAAGGAGAGGGAAGAAGCAGCGAUGGUGGAAAGCCUCACCGAAGCCAGCGUGGUCCUCGCGACAAACACAGGUGCUUCUGCUGACGGCCCUCUAAAGUUGCUGCCCGAGAGCUACUUUGACGUGGUGGUCAUUGAUGAGUGCGGCCAGGCCCUGGAAGCCAGCUGCUGGAUCCCUCUGCUGAAGGCCAGGAAGUGCAUCCUGGCUGGAGACCACAAGCAGCUGCCACCCACCACAGUCUCACACAAGGCAGCACAGGAGGGGCUGUCGCUCAGCCUGAUGGAGCGCCUGGCUGAGGAGCAUGGUGACAGGGUGGUGCGAACACUGACCGUGCAGUACCGCAUGCACCAGGCCAUCAUGCGCUGGGCCUCGGAGGCCAUGUACCGCGGUCAGCUCACGGCCCACCCAUCGGUGGUGGGGCACCUCCUGAGGGACCUGCCAGGCGUGGCUGCUACGGAGGAGACUGGCAUCCCCCUGCUGCUCGUGGACACUGCCAGCUGUGGGCUGUUCGAGCUGGAGGAGGAGGAUGAGCAGUCGAGGGGAAACCCAGGAGAAGUCCGCCUUGUCAGUAUGCACAUCCAGGCUCUGGUGGAUGCUGGUGUCCAAGCAGGUGACAUUGCUGUCAUCACACCCUACAACCUCCAGGUGGACCUGCUUAGACAGAGCCUCGGGCACAAGCACCCUGAGCUGGAGAUUAAGUCUGUCGAUGGCUUCCAGGGCCGGGAGAAGGAGGCUGUGGUGUUGUCCUUCGUCAGGUCUAACAGGAAAGGUGAGGUUGGCUUUCUGGCCGAGGAGCGGCGGAUCAAUGUUGCUGUCACCCGUGCACGGCGCCACGUGGCAGUCAUCUGUGAUUCCCGCACUGUCAACACCCACCCCUUUUUGAAGACCCUGGUGGAUUAUUUCACCAAGCAUGGGGAAGUGCGCACAGCCUUUGAGUAUCUUGACGAUAUCGUCCCUGCAAACUAUGCCCAUGAGGGCUCCCAGGGCCACAGCCAGGCUGCUGUGAAGCCUCAAGGGCCCACUUCCUCGGCCAGGAAGCCACCUGGAAGUGGGCGGCAGAAGGGUGGCCAGGAGCAGCGGAAGAAGCCAGGCACAAAGCCUUCGGGCUCUGAAGCCCCUUCUCAACCCAGCCUCAAUAGGGACAGCCCAGGGGGCCUGAGAGGUGAAGAUGGCACCGAGCACUUCAGGGCCAUGAUCAAGGAGUUUGUGGCCAGUGAGGAGAUGCAAUUGGAGUUUCCUGUGUCCCUGAAUUCUCAUGACAGGCUGCGGGUCCACCAGAUAGCCGAGGAGUAUGGGCUGCGGCAUGACAGUGCCGGGGAGGGGAAGGCGAGGUACAUCACUGUGAGCAAGAGGGGCCCUGUGGGGGUCGGCAGCAGAGCUCCCCUCUCUCCUGAGCCUUCCGGCCCUGGGCAGCCAGAGCAGACCCCCGGUGAGCAGUGCAGCCAGGCCCCACUGGACCUGAAGGCGCUGUACCUGGAGAGGCUGCAGAGGGAGCAGGGUACCCGGGAGCAGCCAGCCAAGAAGGGGCAGCCAGUCAUGGGCUCUGGGCUGCAGAAGUUUCCAGAAAAGAAAAAGAAAAAAGAAGCCAAGGAUGCGUGUUCAUGGUACACGUGCAUCCUACAGCAUUACACUGUUCGGAGCCUCGCAGCUCUUUCCACUUGGCGCCUCACCAAGGAUCUGCCCACCGAGGAGGACUUUGAUGUGUUGGUGUCAGCUGCUGUUAAGGCCAACAACACCUGCGGCUUUGUCAAGUGUUCAGCCAGUGUCAUGACUUUGGGACAGCUCUGCCAGUUCUGUGGCCACUGUUACUGCGUCAGCCACCACCUCCCUGAGAUCCACGGCUGCGGUGAGAAGGCUCGUGCCCAUGCCCGACAGAGAAUCAGCCGGGAAGGGGUCCUCUAUGCGGGCAGCGGGACCAAGGACAGGUCCCUGGACCCUGCCAAGAGGGCCCAGCUCCAGAGGAGGCUGGAUAAGAAGCUGGGGGAGCUCAGCAGCCAGAGGGCAAGCAAGAGGAAGGAGAAAGGGACGUGAUGGUGGCUGCCUGGAGGGAGAGCCUGCAGCUGGUGCCAAGCUCAGGACACAGCCAAGCCCACUCUGUCCCCCGGGCCAGGGCACCAGGUCCUCGGGGUCAGGCUGUCCCAGCCUGGGGACCUUUCCCCAGCCUCUUCUCCCACUCCCAGUGAGACCGGAAUCCCGCCUGCGGGUCUCAGGGAAGGUCCUGUUUCCUUGGAGAUGUGCCUGGUGUCGGGCUUUGUCACAGUGGCCCCCCCGUGCGGCUGGUAGGCUUCACUGCAUUAGGACGAGGGGUCUGAGAGGAAACAAGAGGCCCAGGUGCCCUGAAUGGCCCUGGGACGCAGGUUUGGAGGAGGGGCUUUCUGCCCACAUGCCCCUCUGGCCAGCUGUGGCCACCUUCCUCUGUCCCUGGUGCCUGUGCUACACUUUCCCUGCAGGCCAUGGUUAGGGAGGCUUCUGGUGUGUGCUCGCCCUCCUCUGUCGUGGGCUUGGGGACUGGGAGAAGUGGCCAUUCCCUGGGGGCCCUUGUGGAGAGCACUGUCCCAGAGCAUCCAUGUCCCUGAUGCCUAUGGAUCCGAACCUCGCUAAGCACUCUUUGCCAAAUAUUUAUAAGAACCGUAACAGGUAUUUCAAUCAAAAGGUCUUAUUUCAAAAGGACAUAAAUUAUUUUUAAAUGAAAUAAAAAAUCCAUGCCUACAAUC